ACCUUUACUUGCCUUCCUUCUCUCUCGCACUCAAACCGCCUCUCUCCCCCUCUCCAUAAAAAGAGAGAACCAGAAAGAGAAAAAGAGGAAAAGGCACUGUCGUUUCUGCUCGCGUUUGAGAUUUCCACUGAGGUUUUUCAAGGUGAGGAAUUUUAUUCGACGGAAUGCUUGUGAUUUGAACCUGUUACGAACUCCAGAUAGAGUUGCUGUCAUCUGUGAUUCUAUGGCUAGAUCUGAGCUUUAAUGGAGAAAAAGUAUAGUAAUCAAGAUUUUCACCAACCGAUAGUUGUUUAGCGUUGAUUCUCUUUGAAUACAAAGGAGGUGCAAUGGAAAUUUGUGACAGCUGAAAGGAACUCCUGGUUUUUUGCUUUUUGGAUAAGCUGGUUCAGAUGGAGGGAGGCAUUGAUGCUGAUGAGCCACUUGAUUAUGCCGAAUUUCAGAUUUUUCCGAGUCAAAACAGGUAUGUAGCAUUUGUAUGUGGAGGCAACAACGUAGAAACGCUAGCAUCUGGACUUCUGGAACAACUUCUGUUGCAUUUUCCUGAAGUAAAAGAUUUGUCCUCAAAAGGAUCCAGUUUUCAUUUCAAACUUCAUCCACCUGACAAUGUUAUUGGUGCUGAAUGGUUCACAAAAGCUACAUUUACAAGAUUUCUAUGUAUUGUUGGUUCUCCUGAAAAACUUAGUAGCACCAAUGCUAUUGUAAAUGAGAUAUCUCAACUAGAGGAAGCCAAGGGAUUUCAUCUUUCCUUAUAUGCAAAGGCUGAAGUUGAUGUUGCCCCAUCAGAUGCUUCAAAAAAUGAUCUGCUACGAGCAAUGGAGUUGAGGCUCACAGCUUUAACACAAGAAUUAGCGGCUGCUUUCAACCGUGCUGCUGGUGUCACCUGCUCUCUUAAGGAGAUCAAUGACUUGGAAAAACUUUCUCAUCAUUUUGGAGCCAUAGAUUUGAGGAAAUUUUUUGCUAAGUUUGUAGAUCUGUGCCAAAAGAGCCCGAUUGCUGAUUUUUCGAGUGAUAAUAAGUCUCUCGCGACAAAUGAUUCAAGGAAUGGCAGAAUCAGUUAUACGGCAGGGAGUACGCAGACCUCCAAAGCGUCACACUCCGAUACACCGGUAAAGUAUGGUGUAUCUCCUGCAAAAGUUGCACAGGUUGAAAGACAAAGCUCAUCUGAAAGUGAGGAAUCUUCGUACACAAGUGAGGAGGAUCGGCCAACCGUUGAAAGAAGUAGGACCCUAGCGAGAUCUGCAUCGCCUAGAAGGUCGGCCUCUCCUAUGCGGAGGAUCCAAGUUGGGCGAUCUGGAUCACAUAGGGCCACAGCACUAACCAUUAAGAGCCUGAAUCUUUUUUCUGCUAGAGAAAGGGUGGUGUCUCACAGUGAUGGAGCUGCAAACAGUAGUGAAGAGGAAGGAUCUGAGCAACCCAAUAAAAGAAACGGUGUGCAAAGAAUGAGUGUGCAAGAUAAAAUCAAUCUUUUUGAAAGCAAACAGGGACACAAAACUGUAGAUAUUCAGAAGUCAGGUGCCUCUGUUGGUGCCAAUAAAUCAGUACUAAGAAGAUGGAGUGCAGGAAUGGGGGAAAGUUCUGCACAAUCCAUCCCAGAUAAUGUGUGUGAAGGAUCUGUCCCGAUGAUUCCCCACAGUUCAGCCAUUGCAGAGCUUCCGAAGAGCACACAAGAAGUGAAACCAAGGCCUGAUGUUAUUUCUGGAGGUUCCAGCCUUGUAGAGACUGCUGAGGUAGAUGCCAAAUCAGACUUAUUGGGAAAAAGAGCAAGUAAUCCAAUAGGUAUGCUAGCAGAUACUCUUGUAACCCAAAGAGAAGAAAGCAGUGAAAAAUUAAUUGCCUCAGCUGAAUGGAAUCUACAGAAGGAAGCAGAGUUGAACCAGUUGCUGAUGAAAAUGAUGGAAAAUAAGCCUGUCAGAUAUCAGAAUACAGGACCCGAUAGUGGUAAAUGCCAAAAUGUUCCCAGUGAGCCGAUAGGUGGAUUUAUUGACCACUCUAAAGAAAAGAGGGGUGAGAAACUUCGAGGAGAAGCUUCUGGAAAGCAAGCUGAAAAGGAAGCACAGUUUAGAGCAAUGCAGCAAAUUCUUGAUGUAAGAAAAGCUGAAAUGGCCCCUGCAACUGCAAAUGAUGUUGGCAGAAGACAUACUGCAAGUAAACCCCAAAAGCCGAGGAAAAAUUGUCUUCAAUCUGCAAAUCCCAAGAAGGAAACCUCAAAACCUGCUGUUGAGAGGAAAAAAUCUUCACCUAGACUGUCUCCACUGCCUGCUACACGUAAGUCGUGGCCAUCAACGCCUUCACCAAGAACUACAGGAACAUCACCAGCUAGGACUCCUGCUGGGACUACUUCUGCUGGUACCACUUUUACACGUCAGAAACUGCAACCAGCACCAUCUGUUCCUCGAUCAAGCCCAAAAGUGGAAAGACCACCACCACGAACAAAGACUGUGAAGGCAACUGAAAAUGAUCCCAAGAGCAUUAAGGUUGUCAAUGAGAAGCAGCUGCAAACUGUGACUGAGAAGAAGCUGCAACCAUUGACAAGAAAUGGGAAACCAAGAAAAGCCAAAGUUCAGACGACUUGUGUGGAUCAAUCAUCCAUGACGAAGCCCCGUUCCUAUAGCAAGGUGACGAAGAAGAGCAGUGUGGUGCCACUAGAAUCGAAGCCAUUUCUCCGUAAGGGCUCUAGAAUAGGCCAUGUUAUUGGUCCAGUCGUCAAGACAAAGAUUCCUUCUCGGCCUGAGGAUUCUUUGGGAAACUCUGGUGAUCUGGUCCAAACUGAGGAGAGUGAGGUGGUGGUAACUGGCACUUCUGAUUUGGUCACUCAGCAGCAGGAGAGGAAUCUUGAAGCACAGGAAAUCCAUGCUCCCUUGGAAUCCAACACUACACUAACAAAUAUCCCCCAGAAAUGUGAAGACACAGAGAGCACUAUCCUACUUACUGCCAGUAGUCAUGAUAGCUUUGCAGGAAUGGCAGGAUCUUUGUUAACAACUAAAGCUGGAGAAGUAACAAUCAUCUCCCCAGGAGCAUGGGUGGAAAUAGCAGAGAUCCAGGACCAGUCUAUUCCAUGCCAUGAUAGCACUUCACAAAUUUCAUCUUCAACCAAGAUUGCCCCAGUGGUGGUGUCAAGUCCACGUGUUCACCACUCUCUUUCGCAAAUGCUGCUUGAGGAGAACAAUGAACCGGACAUUAUUGAGUGGGGAAUUGCAGAGAAUCCCCCUACCUCGAUCUGCCAAAAAGAUGCACCGAAAGGAUUGAAGAGGCUCUUGAACUUUGCUCGAAAAAGUAAGCCUGAUGCAAAUUUGACUGGUUGGUCUAGCCCAUCUGUCUUUUCUGAGGGAGAGGACGAUGCUGAGGAUUCCAGAGCUGUUAGUAAGAAAAAUGCUGACCAUCUCCGGAGGAACGCUGCCCUUCAUGCUAGGAACUAUGGCCAGUCAAAUGGUGAAGCCUAUGAGAAAAAUUCAGCUGCUCAUGAACUCUCUGCUCAAUCAAAGAAAAACAAAUCCAAUGCUCAGAGUUCUUCUCUCAAGUUGCAGGAGGGCCACAUCUCUACUUCAGCUACCACAGUAAAAGCACCAAGGUCAUUCUUCUCUCUUUCAGCAUUUAGGGGCAGCAAGCCGAAUGAAACCAGGUUCCGAUAAACCAAAGGACAAUUUGGAAGGAUGAGAGUUGUAAGUUGUCACACAAACCUUUCUCCACGACUACGGCUGAAUUUUGAUUCAAAGCAGAUGUAUGUUUUCUCUUCCUCCUUUCACCUUCUAGAUGUCGGGCAAUGUGAUCCCUCUUUUUCUCCACGGUGUGUUACUUUCAUGUAGUCGCACAUUUUCAUGCAGCAAACAUUUGCAUAUAUCCUGUAGCAGCUUAGAUUAACUUAGGCAUCUCCCUUUAGGGAAAACACCAAAGAAUUUGUCAUUUGUUUAGUCAGCUGACCUUUUUGUUUAUACAUGUUGCGUAAUAAGGUGUACUUUGCUUCCUUUUUCACUUAAAUUCAUG